AUGCCGCCACUCAGUCUCUUUUUUUCUGCCACUGUGCUGUUUAUUCAGUUGACGGUUGCCUUCAACUGCUCAGAGGACAAAUGGGUCUACGUCGACAUUCACAAACGUGCCGUUCAUGAUUCGCCUGUUUUUCAGUACGGAUCCUUCAUUGGACUAGCCACACCGGCACAGAACCAGAGUCUAUGGCCGUCAUUAUCGCAGAAUCACACGUCGCUUGCAGCCCAGGACUACUGUAAGAAUAGUACACUGAGGAAUUGCGAUAGGUCCACAGGGGGUUUUUUCAACAGCCAGGACUCCAAAUCGUCAUUAGAUCAAGAAGGCAAUGUGCCAAUUUCGGGCUUCUUCGGCCAAGAAACACUUCGACUGUACACACACUAUUUCGAAAAUGAUCCCGCCUUUCAGACCCCGGUAGAGAAUCAUACCGUCAUGGUGGCAGACGAGGGAUCCAUAACACCUGGCCGAGUUGGUAUAGGAUCUUCGUCAACCUUACUCCGAGACCUCGCUGUCAAAGGGGUUAUUCCUGGGAAGACGUACUCGCUUUACAUUGGACAAGGCUUCGACCGCGCUGGAGGUGCUGUGAAUGGGAGCAAUGUUUUCGGUGGAUACGAUGCUGGACGAUUCAAAGGCGAGCCACGCAAGUACCCAAUGAAUCUCGCCAAUGUGAACCCAAUGAGCGUUCGUAUCAAGGACAUUGUCAUUACCGGUUCAAAAGACAACGCAAACGUAUCGCUGUUCGAUCAUACCACCUUCACGGACAUGGACUCACGACCGGAAAAUUUUGAAGCCCAGAUUACAACAGAACAGUUCCCACUAUCCCUUCCUUACCAGAUCACCAAGAACCUCAUAGAUCGUCUAGGUGCUGAGCCAGAUAACUCUUGGGGUGACAACUCACUGAAGCUAAAAAAUGCCUUCAAUGGCACACUUUCCAUUGUACUCGAAGAUGGCUUCACCGUCACCUUUCCUCCAGAAGUCCUUAUGAACGCAUCGAACAUCACACCAAUUCAGUCACGCGACGAACAGUCUACAGCUCCUUAUUAUCUGGGCUCAGCGUUCCUUGGCCAAGUCUACCUCAUGGCCGACUUUGAGACGAACAACUUUUUUCUCGCGCCAGCCGUUCAGAAAAACAACGUGGUCAUGCCGCAAACAUUUUGUCCCAAGUCCACACCAGCUGAAUACGUUCGCCCACGGCAGUCGCCGUGGGAGCGACAAGGCUUGGUUGGUGCUGUCCUCGGGGGUGUGAUUGGUGGCAUGGCCAUGGUAGCCGCAAUGUACUGUAUGUGGAUUACGUGGAUGAGGAAAAAAGACCAGCGGAAGUUGAGGAGAGAGUUGAAGAGGAAUCAGCUGCAAAAGAUGGAGCAAUUCGAUGUUGAAGAAACGCCCGUCUUUGACCCACCGCCAAAGACUGUCAACGCGGCGAAAGCAAUAUUCUGGAGAAGAAACAAACCCGGGCUUUAG